GAGUAUUUGUUGCUUAUAAAACUUUUUCUAUUGGCAUCUCUAUAGAGAAUGUCUGAAAGAAUGUUUGUGACUAAGUUGAUGGCUUUGAUUGCAAAAGAAGGAAUUUUGUGGUUAAUUGUGUUACUUUGAUUUGAAUACAUACUACUCAGCAACGUUAUUUAUGUUUAGAAUGUGGAUACUGGUGUCCGUAAGUACGUAUUGUCAUUCAUAUUGAUUUGAUUUCAACUGAAUUUUACAAGUCCUAGCUGGUUAUUGUACUACUGAAUCAUAGUAUGUGAAGUCUAUGUUGACAGUUAUGCUUUGGUAAUGCAUCAUGUACACCUCUUGCAUUCUUCAUAAUGAUUGUAGAUUUCUAGAUUUUGCAGCUGAAGCUCUCUGAUGCUUUGCAGGGAAACACAGCUUCGAUCAUUUUAUUCCACUACUGAAGAGAUACAAGUUCUGUUUGCUAAGCAACAGGAACAAUUGAAAUCUAUGCAAAGAACUCUUGAAGAUGAAGAAAAUUAUGACAAUACUUCUGUAGAAAUGGAUGGAGUCAUUGGUGGGAUCUCGGGCAGAGAAAAAGAUGAUGGAUACCAUAGCCAAAAUGAUGCCAAGGCAGGGUCAACUACUUCUGCACAAAAGGUCAACAUAGAUCAGGUUGAAACAUCAAGCAAUGACGCAAGUGUCACUGAGAAGCAUGACUGUGAUAUAAGAAGUGAAGAAUGUCAAAAUACACAAGAGGCAGAAUUCACCAGCGCUGACCAUGAGCAUAGUGUCAGAGGUGGCUAUGGUUAUAAAAUCGAUGGUAUUGGCACAGGCGAUGUAUUGGAGAAAGAUGCUGCUGUAGGCACUGAAAAAGUUCUUGAAACUGAAAGUCCUACAAACCAGGGUGAACAGAAUAUUGAUUUGAACAAGUGUUUAGGUGGGGACACAAUGCAAAUUGAUGAUGAUGAUAACAAUGUACAAGAAACUGAGGAGCUUGCUCACAUACCUUCUCGUGAAGGUUUGCAUCACCAUCAAUCGAAUAAUCCUUUAGACACUCAGAAGACCAUUGAGGAUACAGAAGUUGAAGGCACAAUCACAACAGCAGACCUUUUAACUUCUGAAGUUGCUGGUAGCUGGGCUUGCAGUACAGCCCCUUCCAUUCAUGAAGAAAAUGAAUCUCUAAGAAGCAGAGAUACUAAUGAAGGUUCAGGAGCAUUGCAUGAUUCAAAUGUCGUGGUGGCUGAGAGUCAGACUACACUUUCUGAUGCUGCAGUUGCCAGACAAAAUGCACGUCGAGAACUAAGUGAGAUGAUUGGCAUUGUUGCUCCUGAUUUGAGGGAGCAAUUUGGAGGUUCUGCAUACGAUUGUGACCAAGAGAGAAAAGACGGAGGCUGUUCAUCUGACUCGGAUACUGAGAGUUGUAGCAACACUAGCACGGAUACUGAGAGUUGUAGCAACACUAGCAUGGAUAACGUAGCGGAUGCAAAGGGUGGAUUGAUAUCUGAUGACGAAACUCAGGUUAGUUACCAUGAUGAGGAGGAUAAAAAGAAGGGUGAUACAAUGGAUGAAGAUGAUGAAGACACCCAAGAAGAUUGAUUUUCCUGCGUUGUUGGAGAUUGUACAUAGUUAUUCUGGUAUGUAUUAGUUGUAUAGAUACCGAAGGAAUCUCCUGUAUUUUUUGCAAUUUCCCUAGCUCCCUACCCCCUUCCUUUGUAAUUAUAUUAAGGCAUGUUUUUGCAUUCAAUUAAUGAAAAAUUAUUAAAUGCGAUUUUGCUUCAUUAAAUGGAAAUAGUUUGAUAA